UUCAAGAAGCACACACACCCACACGUGGAACGUUGCGUGUCCAAGCACACACCACCACAACCACCACAACGCCAAUCAACAACGAGCAGCCAUCACACUCCCCCCCAACAACGCCUGGUCUCUCUCUCUGUCUCUCUCACUCCUCGAACCCCCUUUCUCCAUCUUGCACAACACACACGACGCCCUUCAUCAGCAUCCCGGCCGAGCAUCAACCGCGCACACACACACACACACACAAGCAACAAGAGCCAUGGAGCUGGAUAGCCUUGACAUGGCCGUGCUAGCGGGCGCGGCUGUGGCCGUCGCGUACUUUGUGUACACCAAGUUCCUGAGCGAAGACGCGCAGCACAGCAAGCGUGCCUCGACCGUGACCAUGGGUGGCCCUUCCGGCGCAGCCAACGGCAGCGGCGGCGGUGCCAUGAGCGUGGGCAUCCCACAGAGCCCGAGCGGCAUCGACGACAGCGACUUCCUGGCCAAGCUCAAGGCCACGGGGGCGCAGGUGGCCAUCUUCUAUGGCUCGCAGACGGGCACCGCGGAGGACUUCUCGCUGCGGCUGGCGCGCGAGGCCAAGCGGUUUGGCAUCACCCCGCUGGUGGCGGACAUCCAGGACUACGACAUGGAGUGCCUGCAGACCGUGGCCAAGGAGCAGGAGAACACGGUGCUCCUCUUUUGCGUGGCCACGUACGGCGAGGGCGAGCCCACGGACAACGCGCUGGAGUUUUACAACUUCCUCAAGGACAAGGAGGAGAGCGGCGACGACUUUGACCUGACGGGCCUCAAGUUUGGCGUGUUUGGGCUGGGCAACAAGACGUACGACCACUUCAACGCCAUGGGCAUGUUUGUGGACAAGAUGCUGGACAAGCUCGGCGGGCAGCGCAUCACUGACCUUGGCCUCGGCGACGACGACGCCAACAUGGAGGAAGACUUUGUCAACUGGAAGGAGCAGCUGUGGCCCGAGGUGUGCGCCCUCUUUGGCAAGGACCCGACAGACAGCGAGAUUAGCUUCCGCCAGUACGAGCUCAGGCCCGACCUCAUCAACAAGGACAAAAUCUUCACGGGCGAGCCACACUUUUUUGGGUCAUUUACCAAGCAGAAGCGCCCCUUUACGCAGAAGAACCCCUUUGUUGCGCAGGUGCGCGAGCGUCGGGAACUGUACGACGAUGACGACCGCUCCUGCCUCCACAUCGAACUCGACAUUGCGGGCUCCUCCCUCAAGUACACGGCUGGCGACCACGUGGCGGUGUAUCCGAAGAACAACCCGUCGCUGGUGGAGGCGUUGGCUGCGCGCCUCGGCAUUGAGCUUGACGAGCUGCUGUACCUCAAGGCCACGGACGAGUACGCAAAGAAGCAGACGCCGUUCCCAUGCGCGUGCACAUUCCGCACGGCGCUAACCCACUACGUGGACAUCUGCGCGCUGCCCGGGCACAACAUCAUCCAGGAGCUUGUGCAGUAUGCGCAGGAUGAGGAGGAGAAGAGCCGACUGCACCACCUGGUGACGAAGGAGGGCCGACAAGAGUUUGUCAAGUACAUCCACGACGACCUCCGCACCGUCCUCGAGCUCACCGUUUGGUUUGUUCCCGAAUUGCUGUGUGCAGGCUUCAAGUCUGUCGACGUCCCCGCCGACCACCUCAUUGAGCUCCUGCCGCGGCUCCAGCCAAGGUGCUGUCAUGUCAACCUCAUUGAUGAGAAGGUCCCCGUCUUUGUCAGGCGAUCAACCUUCAGGCUGCCGUCCAAAUCCCGCAUCCCGAUCAUCAUGAUUGGCCCCGGCACGGGCGUUGCGCCCUUCCGCGGGUUUCUGCAGGAGCGAGAGGCCCUCAAGGCCAAGGGGAAGACGCUUGGCGAUGCGCUGCUGUUCUUUGGCUGCCAGCACGAGCACAAGCACUACAUGUACAGGGAGGAGCUGGAGGAGUUUUUGGAAUCGGGCGUCCUGUCCGAACUCCACUCGGCAUUCUCCCGUGACCAGCAACACAAGGUGUAUGUGCAGCACCUGAUGAAGAACAACGCCAAGACCAUCUGGAAGAUGAUUGACGCCGGUGCCCACAUUUACGUCUGCGGCGAUGCGAAACACAUGGCCCGUGACGUGCACCGCGCCCUCGUCGAGAUUAUCAAGGCGGAGACAAACCUGAGCACGCAGGAUGCGGAGACGCAGCUCAAGACAAUGGCGCAGCAGCGUCGCUUCCAACAAGACGUCUGGUCGUAAACACACUCUUGAACCCCUCCCCUUCUCCCCCUCCGCCCUCUGCCCUCAAUAACUUUGAGGUCGGGUGGCCUGUUGCACCAACCCGUGUUGCUUUCGGACUCGAAAGUCUGACACCUCUUUUCUUCCUUUCAUUGUUAUCGCUCCUGCUUCUGCCUCGCAUUACUUUGCAUAUGCACUUUCUCCUCCUCCUGCACCUCCUCCCUCUUCUUCUGCUUUAUAGCUCCUAGUUGUGAUUACAUUACCCAUUCGCUUUUGUCUUGUUGAUGUGGCAAGGCUCCUCUCUGAUGAUGUUGCGGCAGUGUCCAUGCGUGUCCCCAUACAUGCAUGCCCUGCUCCCCCGUACAUGCAUGCUCCCAUGUUCGAUUGCUUCAUGUGGUCGUUUAUGGUCGCUUGUUUCGGAUCAAAAACAGCAGCCAUGACGCAAAGAGAGAUGAGACGCGCCAAGCGAGGCAGAUGCGCACGGGUGCGAGAGCACAGCAAACUUCUGCGACAACGCGAAAGAGAGAGGAAUCAGGACAUGACGGAGCGAAUGAG